CGAAUGUUUGUCGAACGGAGGGCUUCUGUGUGAAAUGCGUAGAAAAUAUUCAACGCUCCAAACCUGCCUUGCUGCACAUGUGUGCGUUGUAUAUUUUUUUCAGCUGUGAGUAUGACAAUGACUGACACGAUUGCAAUCGAAUAGUAGCAAAAAGUACCAGAAAUAUUUAUCAUUUAUUCAAAAUAAAAAGUGCUUCACGAUUGCCGCUUCAACGGUGGAAAACUCUUCUUCCGGGAUGGUCGAUGUAAUAAAGGAUCGGUUUUGGAUGUUACUUCAACGAGAUGUUGGAUUGAUUCCGGAGCACAUAAUAAAUAUUUUGGACUUCACCGGUUAUUCCGCCAACUGCGCUUUGGAAGCUAUCAGUGACGAUAGUUUGAAAACAAUAGAAAGCGAAGCAAGAGAAAUUCCUCAAAUUCUUCGCAUCCCUACUAGCGACGAGGAACAGAUGAAAAAAUACUUCGGUAAAUUUUACCGAAAUCCACAAAAUUUUCACAUCUUGAGUGGCGAAGCCCAGCAAAUCAAAAUGAUAGGAGCAUGCCUACAGCAGAAGGGCAUUGCUAGUUACAUGAAACUUGAAGAGAUUAACCGGGCUCGGGAUAAGCGUCGGAAAGAAAGCCUUCCCGAAGGGAACUCACCGGAACAUGCUGCCCGCUCAUUGGCUGAACGUGUUCACACGUUCUACUUCAACCGUUGUGAUGGUACUGUGAAAAAUAUCGAUUUCUGCAACAAACUAAGCACGAUUCAGGUCACCGCAGAAUACAUCGAGGACGGUAAUAUGGUCGCCUUUGUCACUUGCCCGUUCUGCCAAGUAGAGAAAAAACUGCGAGUUUCCCAGGACAGGACUGGCCAUUGGGUCCUGGCAAACAUUGUAUCUCACAUGAACCGUCAUUUGACUCCCGUUGUAACCAUGCUCAAUGCAUCCGAUGAUUCGGGUUUGUCGGUUAAAAAAAUUAAAAAAGAAAGUCUAGACCUUGAUGAUUCAAAUGACCAGUACAACCCGAAUGCUUACAAUUUCACUAUGACUUUGACCUAGAAACAAAACAAUAGUGACUAGUAGUUGAAUAUAUUGAGGUUUCUUAUAAGAUGCAAUAGACAGUAGGUACAUAAACUACAACAAAAUUUAUUAUUACCCUCAAA